UAAUCUAUGAGUGGUACUUUUAAAUCCAACCCGCUAAACUGUUUUGAUGAAAAUCCCAUGGGCCAAACCAUCUGCGUCCUAGAUCCUGCUAGUCCUUCUCAGCUUCAUCGGCGCUCCGGCGAAUGAAUCCAGCCUGAUGGCUGCGAAUCCGCCGGACAGUGCCGUGGGCCCACCCCCAGGUACGCCUGACUUUGAGGGACGGGGGCGCUAUCUCGUGGGUCCGCCACCCCCGACCGUGCCGACUCCCGCUCGCCGACGUUCUUCGAGGUUGAAUCCGGAAAUGAGCCCAGUACCUAUCAAUGAGGCACCGAGUGUGUUGGCUGAUUUGAGUGAGGACUUUUGGGAUGAGAUGUCGCCCCUGCGGGUCACGCCUCUGUCCAAAACCGAUCCCACCGAUCCCCGUAAAAUGGAAAUGGGCCCAGACACAUCGAACGCCCAAGUCGCUCGCAAGCUCCAGAUGCCCAUGGAUACCUUAGGUGCUUUAUCACCGAUUGUGGGAAAUAAGCAUAGACCUUCGGGUGAUAUUGACGCCGUAUCAGACACACCGAAACCUCCCAGUUCGCCCCAACUGGAUGAUAGUGAAGUGGUCCCAAAAUCGCCCGUGAUGAAGGAUGAUAGUCGUUCAGUGAGAGAACGGCGAAAGUGCAUUGUGGAACAUUCGAGCCUACGAGAUAGUUUGACCGAAGUGGAGAAGUGCGAACUGACCCAUUGGGGAUUGCCGGAGAUGGUUUUGAUGCGAUAUAGACAAAAGGGCAUUUCUUCUAUGUUUCCAUGGCAAUCCCAGUGUCUGACUAUAGGAAGUGUUCUUGAAGGAGGCAACCUCGUGUACUCAGCCCCAACCUCGGCGGGAAAGACUUUGGUGGCGGAACUGUUGCUGAUUAAGCGAGUUCUCGAGAGUCGCAAGAAAGGCAUCCUCAUCUUGCCUUUUGUGUCAUUGGCUCGGGAGAAAAUGUUUGCUCUGCAGGCUUUGCUGCAAGACCUUCCGAUUCGUGUGAUGGGUUUCAUGGGAUCUCAAUCUCCGCCUGGUGGUUUGAAACGCACAGAUCUGGCCAUAUGCACCAUAGAAAAAGCGAACGGUCUCAUUAAUCGGGCCUUAGAGGACGGGUCAUUAUCUGAUAUUGGAUGCGUUGUGGUGGAUGAAUUGCACCUACUUGGCGACCCUUCCCGUGGAUAUCUCCUGGAGCUGUUACUCACCAAAAUCCGAUACAUGUCAUUCAAGGAACCAAACUGUGAUAUCCAGAUCAUUGGCAUGUCGGCCACGUUGCCAAACUUAGACCUCUUAGCCCUAUGGCUAGAUGCGGAUCUAUUUAAAACCGACUAUCGACCGGUUCCACUCACCGAAACCAUCAAAGUUGGUAACCGAAUUUUCAGCAACCAAUUUGAAUUUGUUCGAAGCCUCAAACCUCAGGUCCACAUUGAGAACGACUCCGACCAUUUGGUUUACCUCUGCUUGGAGACAAUCUUGUGUGGUCAUUCCGUUCUGGUGUUUUGUCCCACGAAGAAUUGGUGCGAAAAAUUGGCCGAUACGGUGGCCAAGGCCUUCUUCCAACUAGGCCGACCCAAUCCAAGUGACAUGGAUCUUGAUAGUCGGGAGAUUCGUGCCAAAAUUCAGGCCGAAAUAAAAGGAAAAGAACUCCAAGAAGUCAUGGAACAAUUGAAACGAAGUCCAGCGGGUUUAGAUCCUGUGUUGGCCAAGGCCAUCAGUUUUGGAGUGGCCUAUCAUCAUGCUGGACUAACCUUUGAUGAGCGAGACAUCAUUGAAGGCUCAUUCAAGCGUGGUGCUCUUCGUGUCUUAAUAGCCACGUCCACUUUGAGCUCGGGAGUGAAUUUGCCUGCUCGUCGUGUGAUUGUGCGAUGUCCUUUUACCUUCAAAAACCAACUCAUCGAUACUUUGUCUUACAAACAAAUGAUUGGCCGAGCUGGCCGAAAAGGCGUGGAUACGGAAGGGGAAAGUAUUCUCUUUUGCCGAGAAAAUGAGAAGGACAAGGUGAUGGAGUUGGUCUCGUCACCGUUGCAACCGGUGAAAAGUUGUCUCGUGCACGAACACAGUGGAGAAACUAUUGCAACCGCCAUGAAGAGAGCUUUACUGGAGGUCGUCGCAAGUGGAGUGGCCACCACACCCAAAGAGGUAGAGAAAUACGCCUCCUGCACUAUGUUGUCCGCCUCCUUGACCAAUCUUUGUCCCUCCUCUCCAUCUCAAAGCACAGAAACUUCCAUUACCGGAUGUAUCCAAUUCCUGGAAGAGAACGAAUUCAUUCGACUCCAAUCUUCUGGUCCAGAAGCUGGACACCCAAAAGGUUCCAACGACACUCGUUACGUGCCGACUCAACUGGGAUUAGCAUGUUUGGCAUCUUCACUCUCACCGGACGAGGGACUCAAAGUCUUCGUGGAACUUGCUCAAGCAAGAAAAUGUUUCGUUCUCGAAAACGAGCUUCACAUCCUCUAUCAGGUCGUUCCCAUUUAUGCUGCCGUUUCAUGGCCCAACUUGGAUUGGAUGAACUUCUUGAGUCUCUGGGAAGGAUUAAGCCCUGAUAUGAAGCGCGUGGGAGAAUUGAUUGGCGUCGAGGAACGCUUUCUGGUUCGAGCCAUGCGAGGAACACUUAACCAAAACUCCGUCAAACAGGCAAAGCAAAUGGCCGUUCACCAAAGGUUCUACACGGCCUUAGCUCUUCACGAUCUUGUCAACGAAAUUCCAUUGAGGGUCGUCUCUCAGAAAUACGGCUCUUCGAAAGGAAUGCUUCAAAGCCUUCAACAGGCAGCAUCAACGUUUGCUGGCAUGGUGACGGCAUUUUGUCAUAAAUUAGGAUGGUUCAAUCUGGAACUCUUGAUCGGACAAUUCCAAGAUCGACUUCAAUUUGGAAUACACCGCGAUCUCAUUGACCUUUGUCGUUUGAAUACCCUGAAUGGACAAAGGGCUCGAAUCCUUCACAAUGCCAAAGUUGAGACUGUGGCUAUCCUAGCCAACAGCACUCCAAAUGAGAUUGAGACCAUCCUCCUGAAUUCCAUGCCUUUUGAAAGUGGGCGAAAAGGUGAAGCUGAGAGCGAUUUCGAUGCCAACAAGCGCAAAGAAAUGCGGUUAUUUUGGGUCACCGGUCAGAAAGGCCUUACAGUCAGUGAGGCGUCCAAGGCUGUUGUGGAAGAGGCCCGGGAUGUGUUACAAAAGGACCUCGGGAUACAAAUUGAUUGGGAUUCCAAAGAGGACCGAGAACGAAACUUAUCGGCAUUAAUGAACGAGAGUGAAACAAAGAAGAACUCCCUUAAAACCAAGAAGAAGACGGGCAAGAAAUCUACUAAGACCAACAAAGUAAACCUUAAACCGACGACGUCGUUGUCAUCUUCUAAAGCCUUAAGGGCUAGAUACCUGCAGAAACCCCAAUUCUUAACCAGUGCAUCGACUUCGUCUUCUUCUAUUGCUGCUUCUACAAACGGCUCGACGAAAGUGUCGCCUCAUUUGUUCUCGUUGCAAGGGAAACCCAGAACACAAAAACGCAUGUCGGGAUCGAUUUUCGACGGGAGUGUCAAGGCCUCGAGGAAGUCUUUGGAACAAGUUUCUCCGCGAGAAUAUUGCAGCACUCCCGUGGCUCCAAAUGCGGGCACAAGAACCUUGGUCAGACCUGGCCAAAGCCGAAUUAGCCCCGGUUUCCUAAUUAUGUCGGAUAGUGAUUCUGAGGACAUUAGUGGUGGUCCACAAAUGAGUGGACCCCCACUUGCCAGUCAAAUGAGAGACCUGGCAAUAGUUGAUGUGUGCUCACAAAGGACCCUAUUCGAGACCUUUAUCCAGGAGUGGAACUCUCAAACGAGGUUUUCGUUGGCACUUGCGUGUCAGAGUGAAUCGAAUUCAAACAACGGAAAAGCUACAAUCAUCGGAGGCAAAAUGAGGAAAGGUAGCCUUCGAAACACUAAAAGCAAUGCUCUCAAGAGUGUGGAUCAAUUACGUUUAUCCUCUCUUGCACUGAAAUUGGUCGGACUAGCAAUUAGUUGGGAAUCUACAAGUGUAUUCUACCUUCGAUUGGAUCCUAAUCCAGAAAAUGAGACCAAUAACGACUCGCUUGACCCGCCGAGUCAAGACACUUCACUAACCACUAACGAGAGAAUCCAAGCCUUGUCCGAAGUGUUCCAUGGAUCCACGAAUACCAAAAGACAUGUCACCAUGUUCGAUUCCAAGGCGCAAUUCAAGGUCCUUUAUUUAACCUUGGGCCUACUUGUCCCACCUUCAUGGCUCAUCUUGGACCCAAAAGUGGGUUCCUGGAUGAUCCAACCCAUGGACAAGGAACGGAAUCUCACCAAUCUAGUCAUGACUUGGGAUCCGAGCUCGAAACCAGUCCUCGAGUACUUGGGCUCUUCGACCGGUUGCGGAAGCGUGGGAUUGAAUGUGGAGGGAAAGAAUCCUGCUCGUUUGAGGGCUGUGAGCGAAUGCUUACUAGCCUGGCGAGUGAUGCGAAAACUUCAGAGCGAAUUGGAAUCCAUUGGCAUGUGGAGGGCCUUCACAGACGUGGAAAUGCCUUCCAUCCUUACCUUGCUCCAAAUGGAACUCAACGGCGUUGGCUUUUCCGAAGAUGAGGCUGAGCGCCAAAGGAAGAUCAUUGUGGCCAGAAUGGCCGAUCUCGAGGCAGAUGCAUACAGAUUGGCGGGUCGGGAAUUCGCAUUAUCAUCGUCAGAUGAGAUUUGCAAGAUCCAAGUUUGGGACAAAUGCGAUCCAUUCGCUCGAGCACCCACAAGAUUAAGAAGUUCGAAAGGAUCUCCUUCUUGUAACAAGGACAUUCUCAUCAAAUUGCAGGCUUACCACGAUUUGCCCACACUUAUUCUCGAGUGGCGAAAACUCAACAUGACCAUAUCCAAGGUCGUGGGACCCAUGAUGCGGUCCAAAUCCCACCAUUCCCAGUUAAAAAUGGACCGCAUCUAUCCAGUUUGCCAGACGCUCACAGCAACGGGAAGAAUCAGUCUUCACGAGCCUAAUAUACAAAACAUUCCCAGGGAUUUCAACAUACCAUUAACGGAACGAUUGAAGGAAAAAGCUUUAGGACGUCGAGAAACCAGACUCCUCAAUUCCCGAUUAAGCCGAGGUUCCAAUUCGUCAAGGUCGAUUCUAUCGCCUUUAGCCUCGUACCUUGAAGACCCUACUCAAGCUUCGGUUUAUAAAGUCAGCAUGAGACAUGCCAUCGUUCCUCGAUCUGGUUUUCUCAUUUUGGCCGCCGAUUACUCUCAAUUGGAGCUCAGGAUCUUGGCCCAUAUGAGUGGUGACGAGAAGUUGUGUCUCGCCCUUAAUAAAGGUCAUGAUGUGUUCAAAGUGAUUGCGGCCGCUUGGAAACGGACGCCAAUCGAAAAGAUUAGUGACGACGAGCGACAACAAGCCAAGCAGAUAUGUUAUGGUAUGAUUAUACAGGUAUUUACGGUAGACAAGUCUCUGGGAGAGCAGUGGGUUAUGGAAGAGGACGCCUCGGCCUUUAUCCACUCUUUCAAAGCUACUUACCCCGGGAUCAAGGACUUUAUGGACAAGACCUUGAUCGAUUGCCGACAGAGAGGCUACGUGGAAACCAUGAAUGGCCGCCGACGGUACCUGCCCAAAGUUACCAGUGGGGCCACCCAAUUUGUCAAGGCUGCGGCUGAACGUCAAGCUAUCAACACGACCAUCCAAGGCUCCGCUGCCGACCUUGUCAAGAGGGCCAUGAACACUAUUAAUGAAAGGCUCUUAAAGGCCUUUCCUGGAUGUCGUGCUCCCUUUAGGGAAUCCAAUUGUUCCAACGCCAUCAACCCACAAUCUCUCGGGUUACUUUCGACGACAAACGGAGGUUUCUUUCUUCUACAAAUGCAUGAUGAACUGAUUUACGAGGUUUCCAGUCAAGAUGUACUUCAGGUUUCUCAGAUUGUUCGGAUGUCCAUGGAGAACGUAUGUCAACUCAAAGUCAAAAUACCCGUCAAAGUCAAGAUUGGUCCUUCUUGGGGACAAUUGCAAGACAUGAAGGAAUAAAUACUCUACUUAUAGCGCCUA